AUGACCGCGAGUGAAAGCCUGAGAUACGGCCUGAUGGGCUUCGGACCGGCGCUGGCCAUGUUCGCGCUGACCAUCGCGCGACACCCGAGCCGAGUCGUGGUGCUGCUCUUGUCCUCCUUCAGCUGGAUACUGUCGCUGCUGCUGUCCUCGCUCGCCUGGUUCGUGCUCUCGCCGCUCGGCUCAUCCCUGGACGUGGUCGUGGCCAUCGCCGUGCUCUUCCAAGAGGGCGCCCGACUCGCCACCCUACAGGCGCUGCGCAAGGCGGACCACUCGCUCAA